UAAGCCUCGGAGUGGAUAAAGACGAGCGGCCGUGGCGGAGGAACUGAUACGCGAGUCCAACGCGCUGCACUUUUGUUGUUUGUUUUUGUACUGUUGUAGUGUUUAUUUUCCCCACGCGUACUUAAUGAAGGAUGAGAAACCCACUUCCGUGAAGGUUUUUUUUUCCUUCUCCAGUGCACGAGCCGUGACUACUAAAGAACGCGCUAACUUAGGCACGAGCUCAGUUCGGUGUAGCGGACGGAGGAGAGGAGAGGACUGAGCUAGCGAGUCAGUGCUGCUGCUUCCACACAGUUUGACGGAGAGCUGGAUGAAGUGCUGACCCUCUCAGUGAAGAUUACUGGGUGAAAUGGAUCACGGAACUGUUGAAUAGCAUUUGUUUUUUUUUCUUUCUUUUUUUUUGUUUUUUUUAAACACAGUUUACUACAUCCGACUUCUACAGGACAAACUGCUCGAAACUCCAAGCGGAGUUGAAUUACUUCUCUGGAAACACGACAUGGUUUGAGAACAUAACGGAGCAGCAGCUACUCUGAGCCCCUGACAUGGACGUCUGAUUGGCCAGCUCUCGCCUUGAAGCCAAUGGCGAGGCUCGCGCGGUCAGCCCGGGGCGCCGGCUCGUACCCGUGGCCGCUCGCCUGCGCGCUCCUGUUUCUCGGCACUUGUGUGUGCGCGGGCCCGUCGUCGAAUCGCGCGCGGGGCCGUCUCGUGUGCUGGCAGGCUAUUAUGAACUGCCAGGCAGAGCCCGAGUGCCACUACGCGUACGGACAAUACGUACGCGCGUGCGAUCCGGUCUUGAGCGGCCUUCGGCGCUCGUGCCCAAGCCACUGCAUCUCAUCACUUGUGCAACUCAACCAGACUAAGAGCGGCCCUGCGCUGGAGGACUGCAGCUGCGCAGACGACCAAUUGUGUCGCGAAACCAAGCGUGCCAUCGAGCCGUGCCUGCCCAGGACCAGCAGUAUGGGUUGCACGGAGGCGCGGCGGCAGUGCGAGCGAGACGGACCGUGCCGCUCCGCCAUGGGUGACUACCUGCAGCACUGUGGCAAGCUGUUCAGCGGCGCCACGUGCACGAGCGCGUGCCGCGGCGUCAUCGCGCAUAUGCGCCGCCUGCCCAAGGCGCAGCUACUCGACACGUGCGUUUGCGACGGCGCAGAGCGUACCAUUUGCGAAUACGUCAAAGUGAGCAUGAACACGCUGUGCUUCGGCAUGUCGCCCGUGACCGAUAAAGAAGGAUCCGGGGGUUUUAUCGACGAGUACGAUGAUGAAGAUGAUGAUGAGGAUGGAGGGGAUGGUACUGAGAACGACCCGAGGAGCGCGGGGACUUGCGUGCGGUACUCGCGCGCUCUUGCCGUGCUAGCACCCAUCUUGGUAUUAUUACGGUUUUGAUUUAAAAUAAACAGAACGAUACCAGCUCAAUGCAGCGUUCAAUGCAUUAGACUUUUGCUCCCGCCUGAUCUGCAGCCGUUUAAAUGUCUCCUUUUCUAAAAGAGUACCAAAUGUAGGCUACUUUUGCGUGACUUCCAAGUCCUUUUAGGGCAUUGCAUCCACCUUUUCAUUAUCUAUGCAAAUGCACUGUUCAUUAACUGAAAUGGACAUCAGGAACCAUGGCACAGUUUCGAUAUUUAUUUCUGAGCAAGAUUUCUACCAGGAUGUGACAAAUAAAGCAAGACUAAGCUCAGUCUGACACUACUGCCUUAAAACGAGACUGCCCACUUAGAAAUGCUACUCUGACAUUGUCAAGCAACACUUGUUGACAGAAAGAGAAAUAUGUAUGUACACCACACACACACACACACACACACACACACACACACACACACACACACACACAUUAUUUUGUUACCUAGAGAUUUAACAAUGCAAAGAUUUAAGCAGAUAGCUUUGCACUGCCAUCAUACAACUGCACAGCAAAAUCUCUUAUGUUAAAUAAAUUCAAAACAGUUGGACUUUUAUUGACACUGCAGGUGUUGAUUCAGCACUGUGGGUGUUAGUUAAACAGUAGGGAUUUUGCUGUGUAGCUGUGUAAGCUAUUUUAUAUAAAGUUGUGAUUGACUGAGAGACUGAAUGAAUAACAUUUCUAUCAGGAAUGCCUUUGGAAAGAAUUCGGCAUGCUGGAAUAAAUAAAAAGAAGGUCGAGCGCUAGAGCAGUCGCUCGAAAGGAUCGAACAACCCAAGCAUUUUCACAGCCUAUAUUUACAUCACAGGAUAGAAAGCAAUAUUUUGUAUCAUAAGAUGUCUAUGAAAAUGAAGAGCGAUUCCAGCUUUAAAGGGAAGUUGGUUAUUUUGUUGUACUGGGUUUCCUUUUAAAAUACUGUACAGUGUAAAUAAAUUCUCAGAGAAAUUUUAA